UGUACUUUUUUUUCUCGCUGUUUUAUUUCGUCACAUCAUGGCGACGCAGGUCCAGGAAUCAGCAACCAGGGUCGAUUUAAACACUGGAAAUAUUCAGUUCACAGACCGAUCAAUGGCGACCCCAGGAGUGUGUGGGAUUGAUGUACUGGUAAGCAGCUCCUGUAUAGAAGAUAUGGGUUCUCCCUGUGAUGAUGGAGCAGGAAGCCUCCUCCAGCAUGAGACAGAUUGCUGCACUAAGGAAUCCAGAGGAGAAACGCCCGGGAGAGAAGACUCUCGUAUAGAUCCUCCAGAUGGGCAGCAAGACCCAGAGGCUGACAAGAGCAAGGAAAAGAAAGGGCUAGGUAAAGAAGUACUGUUAUUGAUGCAGGCACUAAACACACUGGCAUCUCCUGAAGAGAAGCUUGCAGCCUUGUGUAAGAAAUAUGCAGAUCUUCUAGAGGCAAGUCGGACUGUACAAAAGCAGAUGAAGCUCCUCCAGAAGAAGCAGGCUCAGAUUGUGAAAGAGAAGAUCCACCUGCAGAGUGAACACAGCAAGUCCAUCCUGGCUCGCAGCAAGCUGGAGAGCCUCUGCAGAGAGCUGCAGCGACACAACAAGACCCUGAAGGAGGAAAAUAUGCAGCGGGCGCGUGAGGAUGAGGAAAGGCGCAAAGAGGCAACUGCACACUUCCAGAUGACACUGAAUGAAAUUCAAGCACAGAUGGAGCAGCAUAACAUCCACAACACUAAACUCCGUCAGGAGAAUGUUGAACUGGCAGAGAAGCUGAAGAAACUCAUUGAACAGUAUGAUCUGCGGGAGGAGCACAUUGACAAGGUGUUCAAGCACAAGGAGCUCCAGCAGCAGUUGGUCGAUGCAAAGCUUCAGAGAACCACUGAACUCAUGAUGGAGGCAGAGCACAAACAUCAGCAGGAGAGAGACUUUCUUUUAAAAGAAGCAACUGAGUCGAGGCACAUGUGUGAGUUGAUGAAAGAGCAGGAGUCCCAACUCAAACAACAGCUUUCUCUGUAUAUGGAUAAGUUUGAGGAGUUUCAGACCACUCUUGCAAAGAGCAAUGAGGUGUUCACUACCUUCAGGCAAGAAAUGGAAAAGAUGACAAAGAAAAUCAAGAAGCUGGAAAAGGAGACUACUGUUUGGCGUACCAAAUGGGAAAACAAUAAUACAGCUCUCCUGCAGAUGGCAGAAGAGAAAACGGUACGGGAUAAGGAUUACAAAGCCCUUCAACUAAAGCUGGAGCGCCUGGAGAAGCUGUGCAGGGCUAUGCAGAGGGAGAGGAACGAUCUGAACAAAAAGAUGAAAGUCCUUCAGGGGCAGAUGUCUGAAGGGACUGGACCAACAGAGCCUGCCAUGGAGGCACCCUCCAGCACAGAACAGCUUGACGAGGAGGAGACUGUGGACUCAGCCAGUGAGGACAUGGGCACCCAACCAGACACAGGUGUUGCUAACCAGCCAGGGUGCAUUGAUGCUGAAGGCACUCAGCCACAUCAGCUGAUGUGAACUGAGAAAAGGGCUAAAUGUGUGUUGUGGAGGUAUAUAUUUUUGUGUAUUAAUAAUAAUAAUAAUAAAUUUGCUCUGUACUUGAUAAUUAUUGGCUUUGUGGUGAGGAUUUCUUACUUCGUUUUUCUACCACAUCUGUAUUUUCUUAGAAAAUAUAGAAUUUCAUGUGGUUCAAAAUAGCUGUAACUUGCAGCGUUCAUAAGUCAAAUUACUUUAUACAUUUUUCACAACUUUUGCGCACAUCUGCCUCAUUUGUAUUGCCUUGAUUUGAAUUCCCUCGUCUGCAACACCAAUACCACAGUCUGAUAUUUGUGGACAUCAGCAUUUCAGAGGAAACCGAAUUUUAUAGGGUACUUACACAGGGCUACAUUUCUUUGCAAUUGUAAGACAAGUGAAUUAUCUUGAGUUUACUUGAGUCAUUAGCAGUUUUCAGUUGAGAAACUUGCAGUGUAAACAUGGUGUUGAACACAUGCAAGUUACCUGAUUAGAAUGUUCUAUGUUGCAUUCUUCAAAGCCAGUAAGUAGUAUAAUAGUUAAGAUAGACCCCAAGCCCUUGCCACAUGCAAUCUUUCUUGAAGAAAUAAAUGCAAUGUUCUGGUUGAAGUUUACAUAUAGCAAGGUAACAGAGAAGGGUUUGAAGACAUUUCAGACUAGGCUAAAGGGCAGAAAAUAUGGUGCUACAUGUAGCAGUCAACUGGUAUUUUCUAUGAAAUAUUUAACCUAAAUUGGCAAAGAAAAUAUCCUGUUUCUGUGAAUCAAAUGUUACCUCUGCUUCCCAGCUGUCAUUCCCAUUCUUUAUUUCACAAGCUUGUCCUUUUAGUAUGAACUUUAUUUAAUUUAUAUUUUAACUUUAAU